GUGAAACUCACCCGGCUUUAGUAACCAACCCAACUGCAUAGACUUUAGACAACCAUGUAAAGGGAUUCCACUGUCUGAGAGACCAAACAUCUAUCACCAUGGUGGAUGUGAAGUGUCUGAGUGACUAUGAAUUACAGAACAAACUUAAUAAGCUUGGAUAUUCACCUGGCCCGAUAUUACCUUCCACCAGAAAAGCGUAUGAAAAAAAGUUGGUGCAACUCUUGGUCUCACCUCCCAGUGUAUCACCUGUGAUGAAUGGACCCAGAGAGCUGGACAGAGCUCAGGAUGAUGACGCUAAAGAGCUUAAGACCACUAUCAUGUUGAAAGGAAAUAUCAUUCUCUCAUCAGAAAAACACAAGAGACCCAAAAAAAGACCUGAGGCUUUCACCACGAGACCAAAAGCUCUAGAUAGCUGCUGCCUGGCUUAUAAGCAUUCUGAGGGAAUAAGGCUUACCAGAAGAGCAUCAAGCACCAGAUUCAAAGAAUGGAGAAGCCCCCGAGAGACAGACUACUGCACAGUGGACAACAUUAUUGAGUUCUGGAACGUAGAAAUGUUUCCAGUGGCCUUGAGGCUUGCUGUGUUUGGCAUCUUCAUCAUUGUGUUAUUUGUCUACAUAACGGUGGAAAGGAAGCCGUUCUUUGGUUAAGUGCUUUAGGAACAGAACAAUGAGUGAGCACCUGAGCAUCGGAAAGGAAAGACGUCUCCAAAGGGGGAUGCCGGGCCCCAUGGCCUGCUAGCCUUGCGCUAUGGUGCCCUCACAGAUCUGUACCCAGGCUCAUCAUUUCAAAGCUGAAGGGGUCUUAUGUACUCUCUAGUUCACCACUUAUGUUUCAAGAGAAGGAAACAGGCCAGGGAGGUUGAGGGAAGUGCGAAAAGUCACAAUGAACGGAGACCAGAAUCCAAGGCGGGAAGGGAGGAGGGAGAGAACCAGGCACUUGUGUGAAAAAGCGUAAUGACAGGGACUUCCCCGAUGAUGGCCAUCAUUAAAUGCUUCCACAGUUGGCACAC